AUGCAGAUAGGAAAAGAGAAGUUCGUGAAGUGGCCAACGAAGUUGAAGCGGAACCCCAAGAGGGGGAACCCUACAAAGUACUGCAAGUACCACCGUGGCACCGGACACGACACCGAGGACUGCCACGAUUUGAAGAAUGAAAUAGAGUCCCUCAUUCACCGAGGACACCUCAAGCAGUUCGUCGGAGGAGAGGCUGGUGCCUUGUCAUCCCAACAGUUGCAGCACCAGCAAGGGGCAGGCGUCAUCGACGUCAUUGCCGGGGGCAUGGCCUCGGGUGGAGCCUCGGCUUUGGCUCAAAAAGCCUAUGCCAGGCAUCUCAACAUCCAGGAGCCUACCCCGAAGAAGCAGAAAUACCUGGACACUCCACAGAGGCCGAGAUGUUCACAUGCCCUCGUCUUCAUUGACGAGGACCUAAAGGGGGUUAUUGUCCCCCACGAUGAUGCCCUCGUGGUCACAACCAUCAUUUCCAAUUUCAUGGUGAAGAAGAUUUUAGUGAAUAGCGGCUCGUCAGCCGGCAUCAUUUUCUAUGACACCUACGAGAGAAUGAAGCUCACGCCAAGGAGGCUCCAGCCAGUUGACGCUUCUCUCGUUGGCUUCUCUGACACCGUCACCAGGCCGGAAGGAAAGAUUACCCUGCCCAUCACGGUGGGGACAAUGCCACACUAG